UAGUUUUACUUUUUUUGUUCUAAUUCUUAUUCUUAUAAAGGAGAAGAAAGAAAAAACAGAGAGAAAGAGAGGUUUUUGUGCAUUUCUUUUACAGAAACUUUUAUAGAUCAUAUUCAAGACCAAUAAUGAGAAUUGAAUUUCAAUUCUGUUGAAUUGAUUUCUCCGAUCCUGAUUCUGUUGAAUUCUCAAGGAAUUUGAUCUUCAUUUGUGAAGCAGAGUACUCGAUAUUUUCUUUACUGUACAUAAUAGCUUUGUAGAUUUUUAACUGAAGAGAGGUUUUGUUUCAGUGGAGAAAUGCAGGCAGCAUAAUUGUCAUGUUUGUAAGAUAUGGUGGUGAAGAAGAGGCAAGAAUAUGGUUUCAAUACUUUCCAUGUCCCUUUCGUUCCUAGGGCUCCUAGAUCAGCCAGGCGGAGGGCUCUGCAUAAAAAGAAAGUUGAAGUAUGUGCAUUUGAAUUACUUGCUUCUUUAGCAGGCAAAUUAUUGCAGGAGAGUGAAAGUUCUUCUGCUUCUAGCUUUGCAUCUGGAACAAAUGAUCAGCCUGCAAUUGGUGAUGUUGUUUUCAGACAGGACCAAGGUGCUGAUAAACUGCCAAAAACUGAGUGCAUUGAUCAGGGAAGCUGUGAAGAAAGCGUUUUUCCUGACUUCACAUCAGCUAACAGCGAUCAAAAGUGUCUUCUGAAGGAGUCCCCACAUACUGAGAGUGAUUCCAUUGUGGAGCGCUCUUCAGUAAUCACAAUUUCUGGUUCUUCAGAGAAAGCUAGUAAUGAUGCUAAGUCUGUGAUUAGCAACAGCAAGACUUCAUGUAAUAAUUUCCCUUGUAAAGUAGAGGGAGGCUCUCCUGUUUCUGGGGGGGAUUGUUGUGUAGAAAAUGGAUUCAGCAGACAGCGAGAUGUUCAAAGUCUGGAGACUGGAGGUUUGAUUAUGGAUAACAAGCCCUGUUCAAAGGAUUCUAUGGAAUUGUGUAUGAAAAUUCCUGCAUUGGCCAAUAUAGAUAAUAAUGUCAAAAUGCCAUCAUGCAGGAAUCCUGUUCCUAAUGCUUCUAUUUUAAAGCUUAGGAAUAAUAUUAAAUUAGGUAUUAGAGAUGAUGAUGAAAAAUUUUCUAGGUGUACUAAAUCUGGCACCAAGCCAAGGGCAUUUAGGCAUCCGUCCCGAAUUGGAGACCGGAGAAUAAGGAAAUUAUUGACAUCUAAGUAUUGGAAAGUUGCUCCAAAAUUGAAAGAUUGUGAACUUUCUAACGGUGAUGGGGGUAUGAAGCCUCUUUACCGCAAGAGGAAAAUAUGUUACAGUCGCGGAGCAUAUCAACAUGACUUCUUUUAUAAGAGGCGGAAACUUUCUGACCAUAGCUUAGUUGUAACUUCUGAUGGAGGGUUCAGUAGUGAGAGUGUUUGCAACUCACCUGAAAAAGGAGUGCAUAUGAACAAGAAUGGCUUAGCUGCAAUGUUUCAUGGAGAAAAUGGGAUGUCAUCUUCAACUAUUGGUCAUCAAGCUUCUUUCAAUUCCGUGGAUUCUCAUGUGAAGUUUAGCAUCAAGUCCUUCAGGAUACCAGAGCUUUUUAUUGAGGUCCCUGAAACCACGACUGUUGGUUCUCUGAAGAGAACUGUCAUGGAGACUAUGACAGCUAUACUUGGAGGCGGUUUACGUGUUGGAGUGGUUUUUCAUGGGAAGAAGGUUAGGGAUGACAAUAGAACUUUGUUACAGACUGGUAUAACUUCAAAAGAGAAUCUUGAUUCGUUGGGUUUCACAUUGGAACCUAGUCCCGGGCAAGCUCUUUUAGCUGUGUGCACCGAGGAUCCUCCAGUUCCAUUAUCAUGUGAUAUUUCUCAACUUGUGUCAAGGUCCCCAGCUGCUCCUGUUUUAGAUUCAGAUAAUUCAGAUGCCUUACCUGACCCUCCUCCAUUGACUAAUUCAAGGGAUAACAUUGAUAAUAAUCAUGAACUAGCUUCCUCCUAUACUGACAAGUUAACUGACCAAACAUUGUCAGAUUCUAGAGCUCUGGUUGCAGUUCCACCAGUGAGUGUUGAUGCACUUGCUAUGGUUCCCAUUAACCAGAAAACUAAACGAUCUGAACUUGUACAGCGUCGAACCAGGAGGCCAUUCUCCGUUUCAGAAGUAGAAGCACUAGUGCAGGCAGUUGAGGAACUUGGAACUGGAAGGUGGCGGGAUGUGAAGUUGCGUUCCUUUGAGAAUGCAGACCAUCGAACUUAUGUGGAUUUGAAGGAUAAAUGGAAGACAUUAGUUCACACGGCCAAGAUUGCCCCACAGCAAAGAAGGGGCGAGCCGGUGCCGCAAGAGCUCUUGGACAGGGUUCUGGCUGCUCAUGCAUACUGGUCUCAACAUCAAGCUAAGCAACAUAGCAAGAAUCAGGCUACUGUUUUAAAGAUCACAGAGGAAGGUAUUAUGAUGUAAAAAGGAAAGGAAAAUGUCGACAGGAGCAAGGAACAAGAACUUGUACAAAAAUGAUUCAAAUUUUAUGUAAUAUUUCUCACACUCACACGAUUCAUUGCCAACCUUCCCAAUGUGGAGGGAUUGGCAUCUGUAAAUGAUUCCAUCCAAUAAAGAACACUAACAGAAAUUUACAGUGUUUUUUCAAUUCAUUUAUUAUUUGGUGUAAUACAUGUUGAACUGUAGAAGAAUCCAAUGAAAUGUAGUUUUUAUUA